AUGAACAGCGUAACUCUGUCUGUUGAUCAAGUCAAUGACUGGGACUUUGACGGUACUACGGCACGCGAUCUCGAGAAGCUUGUGGGGAGGGUUGAUUAUAGUGAUCCAGAUGACAACUUCAAGGGCCUUGGCGAACCGGAAAGCUUACAAAUGACACCGUGCAAAAGCUAUUUCAGUGAUGAUCAAGCACCUCGACCGUGGCCCUCUGAGCGUCUUGAUGCUUCAGGCUCCGAAGAGAGUAAAGAGUGGACGGAAAACGACUCCAGAAGGAAAAUGGUGACGUUGCUGGAUGAGGAUGCCCUGGACGAGGAACGUGAUAAGGCUACCUCUGAAGCUCGGGAGCGGAUCCGCGUACAGCAAGGCUCUGGCCCUCUCUGCUCGGGCACCCACAUAGAAUCAGUUGAAUUUCAAAACUGGUCUCCGUCGUUUGAAUGGUUCCUAGUCUUUGGGCCAAAGAAAAAGCGGCGCCAAGAAAUCUUCAGUUGAGACGCGGGGUUGAAGGUCUACCUGCAGGAACCUGAUUGUAGCACCUUUCAAUCGGCAUCAAGUACUACCGUUGGGAAUCAAAUUCGACUAGGCCGUUUUCUACUCGACGCUGAGGGGUGUGCUGGUUCUGAGCGACAAACCGAUCAAACCGG